UCCCUUAUUAUUAUAUCACUCUGUGGCCUCUCCACGAGCGAUUUCGAGAAGCACUGAAAAAAGUGAUGUCAACAACACGUCUCUUUACUCUCCUCUGCUUCUUCUUCCUCUUCUCAACCUUACUCGCUGUUUCCGAAUCCAAACUCUUGGAGCCUCAAGCCGCUGAGUCUUUCAAUGUCAGCCUCAUCCAGAAAUUUGGGGCUAGUUGUUCUUACACAGUGAUCAUCUCUACGAGCUGUUCCUCAUCGAGGUACACUCGCGAUCAAAUUAGCGUCGCUUUUGGAGAUGCAUACGGGAAUCAGAUAUACGCACCAAGGCUUGACGACCCGUCUAUAAAGACCUUUGAGCAGUGCUCAUCAGACACAUUUGAGAUUAACGGACCGUGCACAUACCAAAUAUGCUAUGUGUAUCUCUACAGGUCUGGUCCCGACGGUUGGAUCCCAGAGAGUGUCAAGAUAUACAGCCAUGGCUCCAGAGCUGUCACGUUCCCGUAUAACACGAACGUCCCUGAGAGUAUAUGGUACGGUUUCAACUACUGCAACAGCGCCUCGGGUUCUAAUGUCCUACCCAUUGGUCUCCGAAGGUUGUGCCUCAUACUGCUUGGCUUUAUUCUGGCCGGUUCAACAUUGCUAUUGUAAGAUGUUGUGGUUGGUGUUUAAUGUCGGGUUUGUGUGAACAUAAUAUGAGUAGGAACU